AUGAAAUUAUUUGUUGUGCUAAUUAACCUGGUGUUGUGCUUUAGUCUGGCCUACGAACGAGUGGAAACCAGGACCGACAGCGAAGAAAAUCUUCUAGGCCAUGGUGAUUUGUUGAGUGACCGGAACGAAUAUUUGAAAAAAUCCUUUGCCGCUCUGCUGGCUGACGAUGGAAGCCAGAUAUAUCCGUCCAUGUCAAAUGACGGUCCCUUCGCGGACUACCGGCAAAGCCAACAGGAACAAUACGGUGGUAGCCAUAGCUACCGCAAACCAACGGUUCAACGAGUACAUAGUGUUAGUUACGAUCCACGCGAUGGCACUCCGUAUACCAGAGAGGUAGCAGUGAAGCAGGGUCGGAUCAAGGGCAUCGUUCGUGUAAUGCAUCCGCAGUCUGGAUUGAAAAAUGUCGACCAGUUCCUGGGAAUACCGUACGCCGAAGCACCGGUCGGGUCGCGUCGUUUUAUGCCACCCGGUGCCCCGAUACCCUGGACUGGACUCAAGAUGGCUAUCAAAAUGUCGCCUGUUUGCCCGCAGAAUCUGCCCACCUUGAAUAAUGUAAAUAACAAUUACUCCAAAGGCAGAUAUGAUCAACUGAAAAGACUGCUUCCCUAUCUGAAAGUUGAGAGCGAAGACUGUUUAUAUUUAAAUCUUUACGUGCCGAGCUACGAUGGAAUUGGACCACAGGCCAAAUAUCCGGUAAUUGUGUACAUCCACGGUGAGUCGUACGAGUGGAAUAGCGGGAAUCCGUACGAUGGCUCCAUCCUUGCCAGCUACGGCCGGGUCAUCAUGGUAACGCUUAACUUCCGGUUGGGAAUUCUCGGAUUCAUGAAACCAGGCAUCAGUGAUCACACUACAAGUAACUUCGGUUUGCUGGAUCAAAUCGCAGCACUACAAUGGAUAAAGGAAAAUAUUGGCGCAUUCGGAGGGGACCACAAACUGGUAACGGUGAUGGGUCACGGAACGGGAGCAGCCUGUGUCAACUUUUUGAUGGUUUCACCUGUUGCCAAGGGUCUUUUUCAUCGUGCAAUUUUGCUGUCGGGAUCUGCUCUUUCAGAUUGGGCCCUGACACAGCAUCCGUUGCAGUCGACAAUGCAAGUGUUGCAAGGACUGAACUGUCCUUUGAACGGUGACAACGAUGAAGUUUCUGCUUGCCUACGCAGAAAGCGAUACAGCGAGAUUUUGAACGUUAAAAUAGCCUCGCCACAAUUUUCAACGCGCUUCGGUCCGAUUGUAGAUGGGUUGGUUAUUCCGAAUACACCACACAAAGUGAUGGGCCAAUAUAGUGACAUAUUUAGUGGAUACGAUUUGCUGUACGGAAUGACCGAGUUGGAAUCAUACAAUAUUUUGAAUGCUGUGGCCCUGGCGUACGGACUGCUGGAGAACGAACGGGACAAUUUAUUGCGGUUUUAUAUGCAGAAUCGAUUCGAGAUUCGCCCGGAUCUGGCACUGGCCGCUACGCUUAGCGAGUACACUGGAAUCCUGACCGAUCCGAACAAGUCACUGGCGGAUAUACACCGUGACACUUUGCUGGAUAUACUGUCCGAUGCUCGGGUGGCUGCUCCGAUGGUACAGACAGGGCUCUAUUUGGCUAAGGUUAAUCCGAAGUGCUACAUGUACGUUUUUGGCCACAACAGCGAGGCGGGAGAGUACGGGCGGUUAUCGCAGAGCGUGGUAGGAGAAGAUUUGGCUUAUAUUUUUGGUGCCCCUCUUGGACAGGUAGGGCCCUUUCAGACACACUACAAUCCAAGGGAACGUUUGUUCUCAGAAGCAGUUAUGAAAUAUUUUUCCAACUUUGCUCAAACAGGAAACCCUAAAGCUCCCUGGAAAGAGCUGUUUCUCAACAUGAAUCCAGAGGACUGGCGCUACUACGAUGUCGACUGGCCGGAGUUCAAUAGCGUAAACCAAAGUUUUCUCCAUAUGGGCUUGACACCGGUUGUCAGUCGCCAUUAUCGGCAGCAGUAUAUGAAAUUUUGGAACCAAAAGCUCCCGGAGGAGCUAAAACGAAUAACCACGUCGAAGCCAUAUUCAUCUUAUUCGGAAUUUUUUGCCACACCCGACCGCCGUAUGACGACUCCCAAUCCGGAAUUCAUCACUGGCCAUAUCAAUCUAUUUCCAAUCAAAGUUGAUGUUGAGAAGCCCACCGAAGACUCAUUUAAAGCCCUGGUCUACCGCAUGAAGGACUCGAAUACUGGUGGAAGUCCCGGAAUGUAUAAUGCACCGGCAGCUUCGGUGGGAAUUCCAGCGGAGGCACCGGCAAAAGAGAAACCGGAGCCAGCCAACGUCGAGCAGGAGGUGGACGGGUCGGAAAUGAUGAAAACGGAAGCGUCCCUCACGAUGCUGAUUGCAGUGGCAAUUGUUUUUCUAUUGUUCAAUAUUUUUGCUAUUGUUGGAUAUGUCAUCAAGCGCCACAUUGGCAGUAGGAAGGAGGAACGGAAAUUCAAUGACAAUAUUCUUGAAAGCGCUGCUUCGAUAAAUGAAAAACGAUCAAAGUUGAACGACGCCGAUGAGGGCUAUAUUUUGGAUAUGAUGAGAAAAUCUAAUGCCUACGAACCGAUGGUGAAGGCGAACAAUUUCACUUUGCCAAGACAGUUCAGCGGUGAUACUGUGGAUGCUCACACAAAAGUUUGUGACUGGAUAGCACAAGAUUAUGGAACAGUUUGUCCAAAUCAAACUCAAUGCGAUACAAUUGGACCUCUCCAACCGUGUCAGGACGAUAGCCAUAAUAUGCCUCAGAAGAUAAGUGUUGCAAUCGAUGCGACUCCCCAAGCUAGGAGCAAUAGUGUUUUACGACAGGAACCGAUUGAAAUUACGAAAGCCAAAUCAUUUGAGUAUGCUUCACCGGACGAUUAUGCAGAAAGUGUAAGCCAAGACUCACCGUGUGAUUCUGAGCAGCGGCAACAAUGCUCUAGCUCAGGCUCAUCGUAUUCAUACAACGAUUGCGAUUAUAAAAUUGAACCGAAACAUUCGAAAUCCGAUCACAAUCCGAUUUAUAACAACUACCCCUGCCAGACAGAGGAAAUUACCAGUUUCAUCGAAGCUGGCGAUAUAAAUGUAACUUCAAGAGAUAAAAGUGAGGAAAAAGAUCCACUUUCUCCUGAGGAAGCUCUAAAAGUAAUUCAGCGUCGAAACUUUCCCAAAGUUCUUCCCGAUUACCCGAACGGAAUAGCGGGAAUAACGGCGUCUAUGAAACGACGCUCGUUGCCUCCACAAGCUUUCCUACUUGGCAGUUCCGGUAGCUUGCGGAGAGACAACUCCCGUCUUGUACCUGCGCCUCCACCUAGAAUCUCUUCAACAUUGGGAAGACGCUCAUCAAAACACAGAGCCAGUAAUAAUUUUUUGAGCUCCCCACCUAUAAUGGCUGAAGAGCCACCAAUAGACGAGGAGCCACCAAUUUCACUCAAUACUUUACACGUAGGACCAUUGCUGCCUAAGCACCAAGAAAGCACCUACGUUACAAUGUCCCGACAAAACUCUGUCGAUAACGAACCGACGCCGCUGGUUGAGGAGCCGGCAGUCGAUAUCAUUUGUAUAGAACAUAAGCCCGAAAGCCACUACAGCUAUAUCAAGCCACCAAGCAGCAUCAAACCCCCAUCAUCAUUUAAGUCAUCUCCACCGAGAGACUUGGGUCGACAGGAAUGCCGGAUCGAAGGUCAACCGAAUCCGUCCGGAUUGUCAAUCAGUCGACCCAGUCCCAGUGCCUUACAGCGAGAACUUAGUUCUGAUUCGUCCGCCACCGAUACCACAUCGGGUAGCACCGGAACGAUCAAGCAACUGUAG